AACAUCUCAAAUGAUAUAGAAUGUUUUUGAAGCUUGGACAACUUUUAAUCCAGCUUAUGCUGAUGAUGCUGUUGAUUCCAGCUUUUGGCUACACGUCGGAUAAGGAAUUAGAUAAACAGGCGCUGGUUGUGUCCAAUUUGGUCUAUGACGAUGGCAGCAAUUCAUUGGAUAUCGGUGGUGAACACAACCAUAUGAAAGAGAGCUGCAACAUGAAUGCAGUCGCCAAUCCGAAGCACAGAGCCUCCAGCAUAGCCAUCAAAGCCGCCCAGGAGGCAAAGGCUGCAUCCGAUGCCCAACUGCCGGCUGCGGAAAAUGCAGCUCACCAAGUGAUAAUUCAGCUGGCAGACAAGGCUCUGGCGGCAGCUAAAGCCGCUGAAGCUGCUUUAUCGGGAAAACAACAGAUCGUUGAGCAGCUGGAAACAGAGGUGCGGGAGGGGGAACUUGUUGUUCAAGAGGAGGCCGCCUCUCUGCAGAACUCACAGGGUAAUUGCAAUGCAGCUGCCCAGGCCUCGAAGCAGGCAGGAGUGCAGCUAAAAACGUUAGCAGAAGCCGUCAAGAAUGCCCAGGCCAAUGUGCACAACUCGGAUCAGGCGGCAAACGGAGCACAGCAGGAAUUGGCGGAGAAACAACAACUGGUUGAGGCGGCCAAGAAGAGAGUAGACUUACUGCUGCGGCAAUUGGAUGUUGCAAGAUCUGAUUUCAAGAAUACCAAGAAAGCCGCUGAGCAUGCGGCCUGUGCCGCUCAAGAAGCCAAGCAACGUGCAACACGGGAGCGUCGCAAAGCUGAAAUACGCGCCAAACUGCGACGUCAUCAUACAAAUAUUUAAGAUGUUGUCAAUGUUAUAUUUAUUACUAAUUUAUUACUA